UUUGUUGGACAGUCGAAAAGUGGCAACAGUGGCGAGAAGAUGCGAAGCUCAAGGUGCUUGUUAUGGAUUCUGACUGUGAUGCAGUUGCUCCUGGCUGCCGUUGGCCUGGAAUGCUACGCCUGCGACUCGGCCGAGGAUGCGGAGUGCGCAACACGGCCGGGCCAGCAGCUGGAGGUGGAGGAGUGCAGCCAGCCGAACGAUGAGUGUGUGACCUCCAUUACGGCGGGCCUGACGCGUCGCGGCUGCCUGCGUCGCCUCUAUCCGAAUGGCUACUGCGCCGAGCCCUGCGAUCGCUGCACUACGAGCCUCUGCAACCGGCACGUCUUUCCGGUGGAUCGGCUGCGCUGCUACCAGUGCAGCGGGGCCACCUGCAUCGAUGUGAGUACGCGGCCCGAGCUGCUGCUGCCCUGCCCGGUCUACAACGAGAAGGAUCGCUGCUACACCAACAUCUUGCACCUGAGCAACACGCAGCGCGGCUGCGAGCACACCAAUCUGCCCCCGGACUGCCCCCAUGUCUGCCUCAAGUGCAACUACAACGGCUGCAAUGCGGAGCUAACGGUCAGCGAGAGCCACUGCCUGCAGUGCACGUCGAAUCGCGUGGCGAGCAAUCCGGACUGCCAGCGCGAGCAGCAGCCCGAGCAGCCGGGCCAGUGUGCGCUGUCCAAUGCCACUGUGACGCAGUGCGUCAACAAGGUGAUGUAUGGCCAUCGGGAGCGCUGCUUCACGCACCACAAUAACCAAACGGAGGUGCUGCAGCGCGGCUGCUCCACCACCAUGGGCUUCUUCCCCACCGGCCAGCUGCAGGAAUGCUAUGGCGACAAUUGCAACGCCCAAUGCCAGGACAUUGCCUGCGCCACCUGCAACUCCACCAGCGAUCCCAAUUGCCGCAGCGGUCAUGCUCUGAAGAGCCAACAGUGCGCUCCGGGCAUAACGGCCUGUUACUCGUGCGAGCAAGAUACGCUGCUGCGUCGCGGCUGCGCGGAUGCUAACUUCCUGCCCGGCAGCGGCGAGGCUUGCCAGCUCUGCCGCAGCAGCGACGGCUGCAACCGCUGGUCGGUGCGCAGCUGCUAUCGGUGCAAUUCGCUGGAGCACGGCGACGACUGCGCUGCCAUGCAGCUGCCGAGCGCCAUGGCGCUAAGCAACUGCAGCAGCCCAGCCGAGCUGUGCGUGAGCACCGUCCUCAGCCGGCUCCAGUUGGUCUAUACGGUGCGUGGCUGUGCCAGCGAGGUGCCCGAAUGCACCGCUAACGAUCCCUACUGUGUGCGCUGCAAUGGUACCCUCUGCAACAGCGUGCCCACCAAGUGGCAGCAGCAGCAAAAGCAAAAGGAGGAGGAGGAGCAGGGGCAGGAGCAGCAGCAGCAAGCAGUGGGCGUUAUAAGGGGCGUGCAACGCCUGCUCGGGCAUCUAUGGCCGAAUCUAUGAGUUAUUAGCAACAAA